AUGAGAUUGACUCCUAUCUUUUUCUUAUGCAUAUUCAAAUCGUCAUUCGUUUUUAAUUCCGAUAAAAACACUAUUGCGUUGAUCACAUCGUUUUUUGUUUUUGGAACCUCAUCCACCGAAGCAAUCUUGGAUGCCCUUAGAAAGCUCCCGUGAGAUACAUCCAUUGGCAGUGCUAUAGAUUCACCUAUAUCAACAUCGCUCCCUCCUAGACUAAACCAGUCUCCAACGUUAUUGCUAAUAGCAAUUAGGUAGAGGUCAUGGUAUUUGAACUUGCUCAUACAAUUGUAUUUCCUUUCAUUCUCUUCAAAGGAAAAGUUGACAUGUAUGAAUUUGCUGUCUUUUUCAUUUGGAGGGGCCUUAGGGAGUACAUUGAUGUUUGAAAUUUUUCUUUCCAUCUGUCCUAAGGCAUCUCGCCAGUUAUUUACAAACGUACCGUGCCCUUCUGCAGCACGAUUGGCAUCAAAGGUAGUCUCUUGCUCAAUCUGCAUAAAUGGUUGACACCCUUUGGAAUGAGAUUAUUUGCAGAUUGAGCAAGAGACUACCUUUGAUGCCAACCGUGUUGCAGAAGGGUACGGUACGUUUGUAAGUAACUAGCGAGAUGCCUUAGGACGGAUGGAAAGAAAAAUUUCAAACAUCAAUAUACUCCCUAAAGCCCCUCCAAAUGAAAAAGACAACAAAUUCAUACAUGUCAACUUUUCAUGUGAAGAGAAUGAAAGGGAAUACAAUUGUGUGGGCAAGUUCAAAUACCAUGACCACUAUCUAAUUGCUAUUAGCAAUAGUGCUGGAGACUGGUUUAGUCUAGGAGGGAGCGAUGUUGAUAUAGAUGAAUCUAUAACCCUGCCAAUGGAUGUAUCUCACGAGAGCUUUCUAAGGGCAUCCAAGAUUGCCUCGGUGGAUGAGGUUCCAAAAACAAAAAACGAUGUGAUCAACGCGAUAGUGUUUUUAUCGGAAUUAAAAACGAAUGACGAUUUGAAUAUGCAUAAGAAAAAGAUAGGAG